CUAUCAGCUGUUCAAAAUCCCAUAAUGUGUGAACGCUGCCAAGUUUUGAAACGAGACCAUGGGUUAGUUAUUAUAUGAUCAAAAACUUAUUAAAAAAGCGCGAAUAUGUCCUUUGAGUAUUUGGCUUAUGAUUUAUCGCGUGGAGAGGAGGAAGUGAGCCCACAAAUAGUUGAUCGAGCCAGAAGUUAUUCCGUUUAACUCCACACUUGACUGAGGACGAAGUUUCGCAGCUUGACAGCCAUCUUAGAGGUUCCAGAAUAACAGCGAUUUCGACUGAAAAACAGCUAGGUUCUAGCUGCACCGCGAUUUUUUGCAACCGGGUGUUAUCAACGACCCGUAGGUGAGCAAUGGGGGAUAUCUAUGAUCUAGUCGUCCGUUAGCCGUAGCAUUCAUUGAGUAACAGCUGCAAUCAACCGCUCCAUGUUUAACGCAAAGGUGAAAUUUCCCAUGACCCAAGUGGAGCGGCAAGCGGCAAAAGAAAUUUUUGCUUCAGCAACCUCCCCGUUCGUGGGAGGUACCAUUGGAGCUAUCGAUUGCACGCACGUGUCAAUUUUGGCCCCGAAACGUGAUGAAGAAGCAUAUGUUAACCACCACGGCUACCAUUCGCUUAAUGUACAAAUGAUAUGUGAUCCUACUCUUAAAAUUUUAAACGUAAAUGCCAAAUUUCCGGGAGCACGGCACGAUUCACAUAUUUGGAGUUCCUCUGCGGUGCGAAGGGUUAUGCAACGGAAUUUUGAAAUUGGAAACCAUAACAUGUUUUUGAUUGGUGAUUCCGGGUACCCUUUGGAGCCUUGGCUGAUGACUCCUCUAAUAAAUCAACCGGAAGGUAGUCCGAAAUUCUUGUAUAAUGAGGCACUGUGCAAAGCUCGUAACCCAGAGACUUUUUGGCGUUCUUAAGGCAACGUGGCGGUGCUUUUCUCAACAAAGGACUCUCUUGUAUGAUCCAGGAUUUACUGGACAAGUAGUUAACGCGUGCUCAGUUUUAAUAUACAUAAUAUUCGUUUAAGAGAAGGAAUAUACCAGACCGAAAAUGAAUUCACAGAGCCCAGAACAAACAACAUUUUUGUAAAUCAAGAUGCACGAUCCUCAACAGUAAAGCGCAUAAUUUUUUUACUUAAAUACUCAGCCCUAUCAUAGAAUCCGUCGUAGACUGUUUUUCGUAGAAACUAAGAAAUUGUAAUCAUAUGUUUAUGCACAUACCCAAAAGCCAAGUGUUUCGUUCGCCGUUUAGGUAUUUAUUUUCAAAAAAAUUUCGCGCGCUGCUUACGUUCCAAAUAUGACCAUCGUGGUUGCUGCCAGGAUACUGCGCAUUCACGUAAGGAAUUCUCAUUUUAUUAUUGCAUAUCUGCAAUAAAUAAAAAAUUAUAAAGAUAUUUGAAAUAUCAGUUUUUGCAAGACUUACACUCAUAGCAUUGAUGCUAUAGUACCCUUUACGACUAAAAUACAGGAAUUUGUCCUUAGCUGGCGCAACAAUUUUAAUGUGUGUUCCGUCUACACAUAAAAUCGCACCAGGAAAUCCAUAUUUUUGAUAAAAGUCCAUCUUUGCUUGUCUUUUUUCUUCGUUGCUUAAAUCAAGAUUCACCCACUGAGGGCAUAGGUGACAUUGAAGAGUGUGUAACACGUCUUUUAAUACGCCACAAAAUGUGGAUAGAGCCAUGGGAAUGUCAAAGUCCUUUCCCACUCCAUGCUGGUACCCACCCUACGCAAAAAAAAGUAAUACGGAAGACAAACGCUGGGACGAAGAGAUGGAGCACGACCUCAUUGAGCGUGCAUUUCCAUCUAGGACACUUAUUAUCUAAUAUUUAGUAAACCUGUUUCAUAAAAUAAAGUUAACCUAUGAAGUUAUGAAGUUAUUCCUAUACUUACAUUGUUUCCUCGACAUCGAGCGGAUUGCUUGCGUCCCUUAAUAUUUUUCGUUGAAUUUUCAUAUUCGAUCUAGAUACUUCUUUCAACUUCCGCCUCCACCAACAUUAUAGAAAAUAUCAACGAAGAACCCAUAACUCUUAAAAGCUUUGUUUUUCCAAUAUAUAUUUCAGUCUAAUUAAAUUUAUUAUAAAUUUCAAUUUAUUGCAAAACAUUUGAUUUCGAAAAAUCAAAAUUUAAAAUAUGCGUAUGGCAACAACUUUUUCGAAUUCACAUGGGUUGCAUGAUAAAAAAUUGCUCCGAUUCGGAGCGGACAUUUACAUUCGGAGAUUUGCUACGAUGGAUUGUGUGACAGGGCAGACUAUUUUCACUUAUAAUCAUUCCGCAUACAUAUCUAUGUGAACACUCGGGUAUAAAAAGUUAAAACAUUUUCAUAUUUAUUGUUAAAACC